UUAAAAUUGAUCUAAUUAUCAAUAAUAAACUAUCGAUCAGUCCUGUGCGUGACUAACUUUUAGCCAAUAUAAAAAGUUACAAGGAAUCAAAAGUUACAUGGAAUACAAAGAAGAUAUAAACUUUAAAUGCUAAAAAACUGGAUGCGUUUUCGAAAAUUGGACUUUUGCGUCGACGCGAGUGUUGCGCGUGCGGACGUUAAGAUUGAAAUUGAAUAGUCCAGAAUAGGGAGGAAGAGAUCUGGUGAAGAAGAGCUGUGACAGCAGUGACAGGAAUUGGAGGUCCGAGGUCGGUCCGUGGAAUAAUAAAAUAGUAAUUGUACAUGCGGGUACGUGUUGAUACGAGAAAGAAAAAGAACUCGCUCUAGUUGUUAUGUCGAGAUAAUAGAGGAAGGUCCAACGCGAUUCCUUCCUCAUCAGAAAAGUGUUUCCGGUUCCGAUCAAGAAUCGAACUCCUGUGAGUGCGAUGAUGAAGUGGUGCGGGAUCAUUUUUACGCUCUUCUUGGGUUCCACGUGGGCGGCGACUUCCUUUAAUUCGAUGAACAGAAAUGAAAAUUUCAUUUGCCCUGAUCUCCUGAGCCAAGAUUCACUGGGCUUUCAAGAGAUAAUGGGCAAAUGGUAUGUUGUGGAAAUUCUGGAACAUCUACAGAAACAGAGCCCUCUCGAGAAUGAUUAUCGGGUUGUGGUAACCAAUCACUGCCCAAUCGUUAGGUUACAAUCACCAGAACCAGGCUCUUUAAAGCUAUUCUGGAGUGAGAAAGCUGGCGACAUUGUAUACAACUUUCAAGUACAAAAUCAGAGGAAAGGAGCUUGGUACACAAAUACACGACAAAAUGGUACGCUCGUAGACAUCCACUACGCUCAAUUUUACGGCCGAGCAUUCGUGAUGAAGGCUGUCGCGACACACAUGGUCCUGACCUUUUGUUCAUCCUCGAACGAGCAGCACCCCGGAUUACUCUACUCUCUCCUGUUAUCACGGGAACACAUUUUAAAGAGAAGUGAAAUCAACGGGGUACACAAGCUAAUGGCUCGAAGGAACCUCUACAUCUCCCUAAUCAAGGAAUCAUGCGCUCAUGGUGCAGCGAACAUAAAAGCAAGCAGCCUUAGUCUUGGCUGGUUGAUCCUGCUUGGCAUUCUCACCACUUCCGGUCUCCAUUCUGGUUCAAUCUGGCAAUAAUGCUUAUCUUAAUUUCCAAACCACGCGCUCCUUGUAGACCAAGGGCAACCUUUGAAUCGAUCAACAAAUCGCUUCUAGACUAGUCCCGAGUUCGGAGCCACAAAACCACAUUCUUGAGCAGCCCAGUCUGCCAGGUCUCUGUCCUUAUCCUGAGGAUCCUGAGGAUCCAAAAUCGAAUCCGAUAACUACUUCACUUCAGGAUUCCAACUGAAUUUUAGGUUGAAAGUCGAUCUUUCUGUGUGCGAAUAGUCAAGUUACAUAUGCUAGUAGGGAGGAUUCCUUUUGAGUCCGAUAUGGUUUCCCAUGAUUGGACAUUUCGGAUUAGAUUGAUACUGUUUGUAUAGGUCAUGAUUAGAGUUCUAAAAUUUACGAGAAUUUGAAUUUCAUGAAUAAUGUCAAGAAUAUUUGCGAGUAUUUUUAUGAUUGGAUAAUAUUUUCGUUGGUCAUAAUAAGGACUUCUUUCAGGUAGUAUUUAAUUUGAAAUUAGUUGAGGCAUUUGAAUUUUUUUUACAUAUAACUUAAAUCGAGGUCUAAGUCCAUGCUACAUUUACUGCGAUGGGAGAUCUGCUCAAGAUGUCUUAACUGAAAAUUGAAG